UUGUCAACGAAAGACCAGUCCUUGAUUACAAAAUGUAUGUCUAAUCUCUCAUCUAUAUAUCUUGAGGAGAUUAGUGGCACCCAGUAGUAUUCUAGAGAGAGAAACAGCUAACCCCAAAUUUUAUUCUGAUUAUUCUAGAGAGAGAAGCGAAGAUGGAUAGGGUGUUUUCAGUGGAGGACAUUUCCGACCAGUUCUGGUCGCCGCCGGCGAGAGAAGAGUCGUCGAAAUUGAUGAUGAAUCGGAGUGAUUCCGAGUGGGCUUUUCAGUCUUUUCUCCAGCAAGCUUCUGCAUUGGAAUCGGAACCACCUUCUCAGCCUGUCGCUGUCGCCGGAGAUGUUAAGAAUCCGGUGGAGAUCCCGGCCAAUGUUCCAGUGGAUUCGGAGGAUUAUCAAGCUUAUCUCAAGAGUCGUCUCGAUUUGGCUUGUGCUGCUGUUGCUUUGACUCGGGCCUCCUCUUUGAAACCACAAGAUUCUGCUGCUCUGCUUGAGAAUGGAUCACAAGCAUCAAAUACAUCACAAUUGGUAUCUCAGGCUCCUCCAAAGGGAUCUGGGCACGACUUAUCCAAGGAAGAAGAUAAGGAUGCUCCUGCAGUAACUCCAUUGUUGCCUGCCUUGCAAAAGAAAUCUGCAAUUCAGGUGAAAUCAACUACGAGUGGCUCAUCUAGAGACCAUUCAGAUGAUGACGACGAACUUGAAGGGGAAACAGAAACCACUCGGAAUGGAGAUCCUUCUGAUGCAAAACGUGUGAGGAGAAUGCUUUCCAAUAGAGAAUCCGCUAGACGUUCGAGGAGAAGAAAGCAGGCCCAUAUGACUGAGCUGGAGACACAAGUUUCUCAAUUAAGAGUCGAAAAUUCUUCGCUGCUGAAACGUCUUACAGACAUAAGCCAGAGGUACAAUGAUGCAGCUGUUGACAACAGAGUUCUAAAAGCUGAUAUCGAGACCAUGAGAGCUAAGGUGAAGAUGGCUGAAGAGACUGUCAAGAGAGUCACUGGUUUAAACCCGAUGUUCCAAGCUAUGUCGUCUGAGAUAUCCACAAUAGGCAUGCCAUCAUAUUCUGGGAGCCCGUCUGACACAUCAGCUGAUACUAUUCAAGAUGUUCCAAAACAACACUUCUAUCAGCCUGCUCCUAUGAGUCACUUGCCUGCUCAAGAUCAGAGAGCCCAGAAUGGUUUGCUGCAGGUUCCACCCAUAGACAAUUCACAACAGCAUUCUGCAUCAGGCCCUGUUGAGGGAAACAAGAUGGAAAGAACUUCUUCGAUGCAGCGAGUGGCUAGCUUGGAGCAUCUUCAGAAGCGGAUCCGCGGAGGUGUAAGCUCAUCUGAGGCCCAGGCCAGUGGUAAGCAGUAGAAGGUAGUCAAAAGAACUUGAAACGUGAGGAUUAGCCAGAGGUGCUGGUGUGCUUCUAUUUCAGCAGCCUUUGUUGGUUUUAUAGUAAUAGAAAUCCUCUUAUCUCAUCAUAAAUUAUUGCUCUGUGGAUACAAACCCAAUUCCCCAACUUAGAUUAUGUGUAGUUGCUGAUAAAAACAGCAUCUUCUUCAAAUUAAUGAUUUGAACUCUUUCUUUGGGAUUUCA